UGCUCUUCGACAAAAUAUCUGCACUUCUUGUGCGUCCUGUCACAGCUGCCAACAUGAGCUACUGUAGUGGAUUCUUCUCUCCCAUGGAAUGCACCAAGAGAAGUCUUCUGCUGGUUUUCAUCUCUUUUACAGCAAUAUAUCUGAUUUCCUAUUUUUAUACUUCUCGUCACCUUGCUGCUCUACCUAAACGUGAUGAUCUUCACAGGGAAAGUGAAAAGAGUUUACUUGGAAAAAUAGUUACAAAUUUCAAACAAAUCUCAGGGGGAAAAAAAGGAGAACUACCGCCUGAAAAUGAGAAAUCUGGAAAUAAAGCCACACCCACUCCGACACAGUCAUCAUCUGCAUUCAUUAUCAAUGAAGAAGAGAAGUGUAAAGACAGAACACCUUUCUUGGUGCUGCUGAUCUCGACGACAGCAGCAGAAGUCCAGCGCAGAAGAGCCAUCCGGGAGAGCUGGGGCAGCGAAGCCGCGGUUCCCGGCGCCGACGUUGUUCGGCUGUUCAUGCUCGGCAGCGGGACCGAGGGGGCCAGUGGGGACGUUCUGCUGAGGGAAAGCCAGCAGCACCACGACAUUAUCCAGCAGGGCUUCCUGGACACCUACAACAACUUAACUCUUAAAACUCUGAUGGGCAUGAGCUGGGUGGCCUCCUACUGCAGUGGCACGAGGUUUGCUAUGAAGACAGACAGUGGCGUUUUUGUCAACACGAUGUACCUGAUUGAAAAGCUGCUCAGGCCUCUCCCGCCUCCCACACAGAAUUAUUUCACAGGCCAUUUAAUGACAGGGCACAGCCCUAUUCGGAAUAAAGCCAGUAAGUGGUACAUAUCAGAAGAAGAAUUCCCUGAUAACAGCUACCACCCUUUCUGUUCAGGAACUGGCUAUGUCUUUUCUGGAGACCUGGCUGCAAAAAUUGUAGAUGCUUCUAAAAUGAUUAAAUUUAUACAUUUGGAAGAUGUUUACGUAGGGUUUUGUCUUAAUGCAAAGGGUGUAGAAAUAGUUCCACCUCCUUAUGCACUGUUUAACAUACACAAGGUCCCAUUUUCUCCUUGUGCAUACAAUAAAUUAAUUACAUCUCAUCACAUUGAGCCACAUGAGCACAUGCUCUAUUGGGAAGCACUGCAAGAGAAUAAACACACGUGUUAGAAGACAAAGGUCCAUCCUGGAGCAGCCUAGGAACUUUCUUAGGCAAUGAGCAAAGCAGAAGAUGUUUUCUUAGUAGGAACAGAACAUCUGUGUAAUGAUAACUUUCAAGGUUCACGGACAUCCUGAAUCAGGUUUUGUAUGAGGUUGAAUUCAAAGGAUUUUUCCUCCAUAAAGAAGCCUUUCUCUGUUGAGUGAAUACUGAUUUACCUUAUUUAGUUUUGGAAGAAGCAUGAAUUAAUUUUUCAAGCCAGCAAGAGACCAUAUCAACCCUACUGAAGAAAAAGCAAAGACAAUACAAUGAAACCUGUUCUUUAAUUAAAAACUAAUAAGUUAAUGUGCUAAUUUUAUACUGCUUGGAUGUAAUUUGUCUACGUACUAUUAAAUGUACUCAUGUGGCAUUCCAGUGUGACUGAAGAAGAAAGCAUACAACAUAUCCUGUGCUGGGGAAUUAGUGCCAGAAAUGUGGGCAGAAACUGCUUCUUCAGAAAAUCUAACAUUAGCAUUUCCCAGAUCUCAGCGCCCACAGUGGCUACUACUCUCUGUGGUUGUAUAUACAAAGAAAACUUCACACACAAGAUAACACUUAAUUUGUUAUCAUGGAGAUGUAAAAAAAUGAGGAACAUUAAAUGCUGAUGAACUAUCCUGUUAGUGAUAUAAUAAAUCAUAUUUUAGGGCAUUCGGCUGUGUACAAAAUGUUCUCAUAGUUAAGUACAAAAUAAGGUGAUGCUUACAAACCUCAAAAGAUAAAAGUUUCAGUCCAAAUCCCUAUCAGAUGCACAUGGAAAUCAAAAUGUCAAUCACAUGAACACCAAACACUUCAGUGAGAAAGUGAGUAUACACUAUAUGCAUCCCCAAUGUCAUUUUAUAAAUGUACAUUACGGUGUUUCAUGAAGAAACCCCUAAGUCCUGCAGAGCAAUCUUUCUGUGCUCUUUGCAGCUCCAUUCCACCCAGGACUGACAGGC